AAUAGGUAUGUACCUACCUACCUACUUAAUGAAAUCAAAAUGAUUUUCAAUUUCAAAACCUUGCGAAACAGCUGUUGAACUGUGAUAAUAAAAAGGAUAUUUCCGAAUAUUAUAAAAAUAAGUCUACUACAUUUCAUUAUAUUCGUCGUUGCCUGAGAUUGGCUACGCACCUUUCUUUAAAAAGAAAACUGCAAAAAUAUUGUUGUUGUGGUGGAACGGUGUAGAACAUAAUGUCGGGUGAAUCUAAUGAGUGUCAUGGAACCAGCGUUAGUAGUUCACAAGCUUUGCAGCCAGCUGAAGAUGAAAAUGCCAAGUCUUGUUGGGUUUGCUUCGCUACAGAGGCAGACGAUAAACUCGCGGCGUGGGUACAACCGUGUAAAUGUAUCGGAACAACAAAAUGGGUUCACCAGUCAUGUCUCCAAAGGUGGGUCGAUGAGAAGCAGCGGGGCAACAUCACACGCAAGGUUCUCUGCCCUCAGUGCAAAGCGGAAUACAUUGUCGUGUUUCCGUCCAUGGGUGCCUUCGUAGCCAUGCUCGAUGCUAUGGAAGAGAUCACCCACAAGAUAUGUCCAUUUAUUGCUGGUGGAGUGCUACUUGGCUCCAUAUAUUGGAUUGCCAUUACAUACGGAGCGGUCACUGUCAUGCAGGUAGUAGGCCAUCGCGAAGGUCUCGAGAUGAUGGAGUCGGCGGACCCCUUGGUUUUACUCGUGCUACUGCCCACGAUCCCAGUGACCCUCAUCAGCGCGAAGAUGUAUAACUGGGAGGAUUCCGUUCUCCUGUUCCUCAGGAAGUACUGCGCUAAGAUACCUGUCUUGGCUUAUAUUCUGCCUUUCGGAAACGUGGACAAUGAUCGCGCCAUAGUGGCCGGUCAGACGACGCCACAGAACCCAAACGCGAGCCAUCUAUCCCCGACAAGGAUAUUCUGUUCGGCUCUGUUGCUACCAACGAUAUCGACGAUCAUAGGAAAGAUAUUCUUCCGUUCGAUACAGAACAACCUUCACAGAACAAUGCUCGGAGGCUUAACUUACAUCACGUUGAAAGGGGCCUUGAAAAUAUAUCACAAACAAAUGUUGUACGUGAGGCAUUCCAGUAGGAAGAUUUUGGAUUACACGGAAUCUAAUUUGAAAUUAUAUAGGAAUUCGACAACCCUAGCGACCGAUGCCGUUUCCAGUAGGGACGACAGCGAACAAGUCGUUUGAAACUAAACUAGUCGCGUAAUGGAAUUGAAUUAUAAUAUUUUGUUCGAUUAUUUUUUUCAGAAUAUAUUAUUGUGUAAAAAAUCGAUUUUACUAAUCGUUAUCAAGUAUUGUUUGAUGAAAUAUAAAUUUGGGGUGUAUAGAAAAAAAAAAUUCAAAAUUCCCAAAUUAUUUAUUUGAAAUCGUUAUGUAAUAUGUUCUGAAUAUAUGUGUGUAUAAAAAUACGACUUACAGCUUAAGAUUUGUACGUAAUUGUUUGUAUAUAUUAAAAAUGUUAGGUCGUUUUCUUUAAUUUGGUAAUUAUAAAAUACGAUAAUUUUUAUUAAAAAUAACUUUGGAUAAUCGUUUAAUGAUUUUAUUUUUAAAUCCAAUUAGUUUUUUCAUAUUUAAUUUUAAAGUACAUUUCGUAAUAAGGGGGGUGCUUUAGUAAAAAUAAUCGGAUAACAUGAAUCAAUAGGUCUAUUCAUACAAAAAUGGACCAGCACUGAGGAUUUCUUAGUAAAAUUGUUUCAGAGUUGUUCUUUCUGCGAUUUACAUAGUAUAAGAAAACUCAUCGACAACAUCGACUGAGCGAGGCUAGCACGUACAAUUUUCUUCGCAUAUUUCUUACUGGCGACGUUUUGGAUAAGAACUUCCAAUAAUUCAUGAAAGAAUAGAUUAAAGAAAAAAAUCUAGCAUAUUCACCUAAAGUUUACAAGCUAUUUUAACAUUGCAUCGCGCCCGUUUAAAUUAAAAAUGUAGUCAGUCAGAAUUUGAUGUCAAUUGGUAGUCUUGAACAUGUACUACAUGUUGCAUAAAAACUUCAAAGUACAUUCAGUUAGCCAAUUCAUCAGUUGGAAUAAAUUUUAAUUCAAAAACAUUAUUUCUAAAUUUAUUUGCCUUUAAAAACGAUAUUACUAUUUCGAAGUUUAAGUAAUAUUAAUUCUUUAAAUAUUUAUAAAAUGAUGACUAAGAAUAUUAAAUUCAUCGAAAAUCCGCUUUUGCUCAAAUUUCCAUGACAGUGUAGUUAAAUAAAUAAUGCUGAACUAAAAUAGUACCUAUGGCAUUAUUAAUGUCUAUGUGCCAAAAGUUGCUUUUUUGAACGAUUAAAAUUGGUAACUUGUAAAAAAUUAUAGAACAGGCAACACCGACGUUGUACUAUGCAGAGAUGCGAGCAUAGACCAUAAAAUUUUAGUAUUAGUUAUUAUUCUUACUUAUGUAAUAAAAUUUACAGCGGAAGUUAUCGUACGCAAUAAUGUAUUUAUGAAACAUUAUAAUAUAUACAUAGUGUACAUAGAAAAUAUAUUUAAAAAAAAACUUCUAAAAUGAGACACAUUAAAAAAUUCGAGUCAAAUAGUGAGUAUUAAUAAUUGAUGAAUAAAUUCAAUAAUGAUACCAGUGAAACCGUCGCCUAGAAGUUAAAGAGACAAAAAAUUACACCUGUUAUUUAUCUACAUUUAAUAUUUCCAAAACGCAUUUCCAAUAUCUAUGCCCACAAUACACGUGCCCUACGAGCUGAUUUUCACCGGAAUCUGCGGAUUCUGGUAUAUAAUAAUUAUAGCAUUGUAUCAGUAUUAUUGAUAAAUACGGCGCUAGCGAAGGAUACAUCUCCGUAGAUUGGGGACUGCUCAUCACCAUUGUUUUUUAAACCGAGCUUGGAAUUAAAUAAUAUUUGGGUUAAAAAUAAGGCUGUUAGUACAAACAUCAUUCAGAUUUCGCAUACUUUUUUUUUUGUAAAAUCAAUUUGGCCCUGGUAUAUCUUGACGUACAGCCUUGAAUAACCACUGUUAUUUUUAAAUUGUCUAUUAUUCAGUUACUAUCGUUAAUGGUUGAAGUAAUAUGAUUGUAUGUACUGUAAAACUGUAAAUCUAAUCUUUGUUUAUAUUUUCCAGUUUUUUUUUAGACUUUGUUCUAUUUUUCUGUAAUACAUGUUACCUAAAUACAUUAAUUGCUUAAACUAAGUUAACGAUGAACGAACUUAAAUCAAUAAUUGUAUAGUAGAUAAAUAAUUGUAUAAAAUAAUGGGAGUGCCUUUAAAUGUGAAGUAUAAAAUAAUAAAAAUGUAAAAAAAAAUCUUGUAUAUAAUAAUAUACAUGAAAUAAAUAAAUAAAAUGUUUAUCGAUUAUGAAGGAGUAUCCGUUAAUUAGUAUCGCCAUAGACUAAUAAGUGUUUUUUAAUCUGCAAGAUUUAUUGUAUUCUUGCCAGUGCACAAAAUUUACUGCAAAGGCUUAUCUUUUUAGCGUCAUUGGUUAAAUUCAUAUUUAAUAACAUUAUUUUAUGUUGAAAUAACUAUUAACCAUUUAGUUAUUCGUUUUUUUUAAUCUGUUCUGGAAUUAAGUAACGUAAAAGUACCAAAUUAUACUUGGUUUAAUAAAAAAAGCGGCUUUAACUAGCGUUUAAUUUUGAAAUUGUAAUGUACAUAACAAUCAGAGAGUGGUCAAAACACGAACCGGGAUUUAAAAAAAAAAGAUACCAGUUAAAUAAUUUUUAAUAAUGAAGCAGCCAGCCUGUGUUUUUUGUUUUAAUUUACUAGUCUUUUUGUAAUGUUGAAAUAAACAUUGUGUUUAGUUUUGUUUGUAUAAAACAAAAUACUUUACGCAGCGCAUUGUACGUUGAAUGUUAUUAAAAUAUUUUUUAUAGAGUCUC